AUGGAUUGCUCCAUUACUUCAAAACCUCUUGCAUUGGUAGAAACUUUUUCCGAUUCUCAUUGGAAACAGCAUGACUUGCUUCCACCAUCGACGUCUAGUCAUCCACCGCCGUUGCCAAGAACGAUUGUUCGUCCUGCACCGUCAGUCACCAUUAAACGUAAAGGCCAACACAAGAAACCGUUGGACCAAUGCUCGCUGGCCCAGUUGGAGCAGAUGCUCAAAGCCAACACUCAACUUCUCCACAACCAGCAAGUCUUGCAAAGCUUACCUGAUCAAGGCAAAGCUCUUGAACAGACAAACAAGGAUAUACAAAUGUGGCUUGAAAAGCGUCAGAAGGAGUCCGUCUUAUCACAAACUCAAUUGUCUGCAGAACAUAGCCAGUCUGAAUCAACUGACAUUACUCUUGACUACCUUGACACUCGAAUGCAAUCGCUGAAUGUCACGGAUACUCCACUUCCAAUCAUACUGACUAAACGCCAAGUAAGGGAUCAAGCAACCUGUCGUGCUGGCAACUCAAACAGUGGUCGAAUGGGCCACAUUUCUCUAGCAGAAUCAAUCGAUAUCCAAAAUACUCGACGUCAAAUUAUCGAAACCCAGAGAUUAAACAGUGCAAUGGAAAAACUGCGUAAAUCAGCUUCCAUUGCAUCGCUCACUAGUGAGUUCUUUAAAGGUAAUGCUGACUCCUCUGCUUCGUUGGGCGAGUUUAUGACUGGUGCAAAUGGAUAUCGGGAUGGUUCUGCUGCCAACUCGGAGCUUGAUUUUAAUGAUGAUUUGUCUGACCUUUCAUUCGAGGACGACCAAUAA